ACCUAGUAGGCGUAGUGCAGCCGAGCAGCUGUCGAGGGACGCUGCAUGGCGAAACCGGUCCUGGCCAGCUUGAGCAGUCACAGGCCCCUCUCAUACAGGAACCCUCGUCACAGGCGCCCCUCGUACAGGCGUCCCUCGUUACAGGCGCCCCUCGUUGCACCCCCCCCCGCUCGUUACAGGUCCCUUAUUUUUCUGCAUGCUCCUCCCAAGCGCGUCAUGUUACCCGUCACCUGCGUCGCUGUGUGACGUGUCACCUCACCCACAGCUACUACUCGGCCGACCAGUCGUCAAAACAUAAAUCCAGAUGCUGCUUCAUCAGGACCUUGGGCUAGGAUCCGCACGGUUACGUUUCACUAGAAAUCCUCUCGCCUCCCGCUUCACCGAAUCCGUCUCCGCUUCACUGAAUCCGUCUCCGCUCCACUGAAUCCGUCACCGCUUCACUGAAUCCGUCUCCGCUCCACUGGAAUUCGCACAUUUCGGCUCGCGGGAACCGUUUUCCAGCCAUUUUCGGUCCCUUCCUCUCAAGUCUCUCCCAGGAACACGCCUCUAGUGCAUCAGCUGCUGACGCGCGCACCUGGCGCACAUCAGUGCGGGCAUCAGCUGCCCGCGCGUCAUGGAUUCCGCCGUGCAUGACGACUUGCUGUCGCGCGCACCUCUCGAGUCGACUCAAAAGCCAGUGCCCGCGCGUCAUGGAUUCCGCCAUUCCGCCGUGCAUUAGGACUUGCUGUGCCUUUGAGUCGACUCAAAAGUCACCUCGUCUCCGGUGCAUCAACUGCCUCUGCCCGCACGUCGUGGAUUCCCCCGUGCAUUAGGACUUGCUGACGCGCGCACCUCUCGCACAAGCAUCUGCCGGCGAGUUCUAUGAAGAAGUUUCAGUGACGAGCCUUCCCGUUCCUCGAUCGCGGCCAUCGUUCCGCCUCUCGCUCGGGAGUCCCCGUGCUGUCUCUCGUCCCUCCUUUCAAAGAUCGGCUCGCUCGACCUCGUUCCGCCUCUCGAUCUUGGUCGGACCUUGUUUCGCAUGGCGCCCGCCGCUCAGCGCGUCUAAAACUCCGGCGACUCGCAGCCGGGCCGGCGAUUAGGGGAUCGACCGACCUUGCUGGGUUUCGCUGGUGCACAGUGCUGGCUGCAGUGAGGGUGUGGGGAGGGGAGAGCGUGCGGACAGCAGUGAGGGUGUUAGAGGAGGGGAGAGGGUGUGGGCAGCAGUGCGUGUGUGGGGAGUGGAGAGUGUGUGGGGAGCAGGAUGGAGGUGAGGGAUGUUCUUGAGCAAGCGAGAGAAGGGAAGGAGGUGGAUGAGGAAGAGGAGGAGGAAGGAGAGGAGGAAGGAGAGGAGGAAAGGGGGGAGGAAGGGGGGGAGGAAGGAGAGGAGGGAAGGGAAGAAACGGAGGAGCGAGAAGAGGAAGAAAGGGAGGAGGGAGAGGAGGAAGAGGAUGAAAGGGAGGAAGGAGAGGUGGAUGAAAGGGAGAAGGAGGCAGAGGAGGAAGAGGAUGAAAGGGAGGAGGGAGAGGUGGAUGAAAGGGAGAAGGAGGCAGAGGAGGAAGAAGAUGAAAGGGAGGAGGGAGAGGUGGAUGAAAGGGAGAAGGAGGCAGAGGAGGAAGAAGAUGAAAGGGAGGAGGGAGAGGUGGAUGAAAGGGAGAAGGAGGCAGAGGAGGAAGCGGAUGAAAGGGAGGAGGGAGAGGAGGAAGCGGACGAAAGGGAGGAGGGCGAGGUGGUGGAGGGAGAAGAGGAGGAGCCGGGGCCAUCAGCUAUCAUUCCGUGGCGUGCAAAGCGGCUGAAGCGGGGAGAGGGAUCGGCAGAGGAGCAACAGUCCGUUGGCUCCAUGGAUUAUGGAGACCCGAGCGCCCUUCCAGCAGACGUGUGGCUGCGCAUCGCAAGCGAGAUGGAGGACGACAGUGACUGCUGCUCCUGGCCGCUCGUGCCAUGUGCCAUCGCCCUGCCGUGCGUCCGCCACACGCUCGCCGGAGUCUCGAAUCUCGUGUAUGAAGACUCCUGCCGCUGCCCCCCCUCCUCCGUCUCCCUCUCUCACCGCAUCCGCAGCUUCGGGUGGCUUGCCAAGCAAACCCCUCACCUCUCUGAGCUUUCCCUCUGUAUCCGUGUCACACCUCCGCCGCUCUUUUGCUCUCUCAUGCGAUCCCUGCUGCUCCCCUCCCUCUCCUCCCUCACUACCCUCAACCUCUUCUUCUCGCGACGCCUCCCUGCCCCUCCACGCCUCCUCUUCUCCCUCUCGCAAGCCCCUCGCCUCGAGUCGCUCCGUCUGCGGCACGGAGAAGAGAGCGAAGAUGGAAGUGUAAGGUACGGCUGCAACGACCCCGUGAUGGUGGCAGGUAUGUGGGAGCUCAUCUCAAUCAUGGAGGAGAAGGAGGCAGGAGGUAAGGAGGCUGGGAGUAAGGAGAAACCUUUCGGUGCCCUGCGCCACCUUGAUUUCUGUCUCUCCCUCUGCUCGCCUCUCGUCCUCCGCUUUGUCUCCUGCCUCGCUCCCCAUCUUCACACCUCCUACAUCGGUGCCUUCGAGGGUCAGUUUGCAGCUCACGAGGGCGAGGAGGACAGGGAGGGUAGGGAGGGCAGGGAGGGUAGGGAGGGUAGGGAUGGCAGGGAGGGCAGGGAGGGCAGGGAGGGUAGAGAGGGCAGGGAGGGUAGAGAGGGCAGGGAAGGCAGUACGGCAGAGAACGAAGAGGGGGGAGAGCGUGAGGAGGGUACGGAUGCGCAGACGACCUUCUCUCUUCACUUCCCGCUUGCUACUCGCGUUGGACUCCUCAGGUGCAGCUGCUCUAUUUCCUUGUCCGCCCCUCUUCUCUCCUCCCUCGUCUUUACCUGGGACACCCAAAACGCUCGCCUCCUCCUGCUGCCCACCUGCCCGUCCCACCUGGAUUCGCUCUUUCUUAGCGCCGAUCCCUCCUGCCCCUGGGCCUUCCACGCGCCGCACCUCACCUCGCUCGACUCUCUCCACACCGACAUGCGGCCAGAGGAUGCUGCCCAUCUGCCGCCUGGUGUGAUCGGCACCGUCAGAUCCCUCGAGUGGGGGAUUGAAGUCUCGCAGCCGUUGGAUCUGAGCACCUGGCGAAGCGUGUGCUGUUUCCAUGCCGUGGACUGGGACCCUGUAUCGCUGUCUCUGCUUCAAUCAGGUGUUAUCUGGCCAGGUGGGUUGGAGGGCCUGUUUCUGGACAGCAUGGGUGAAGACGUCUUUGAGUUUUUUAGGAGCUGCUGGGAGUGGGCCAUGGGGAGAGCGUGGGAAGGGGAGAUGGUGCGGAGGAGGACACAGCGGGGAGGGGGGAUGAGACAAGUGUGGGAACGCGAGGGUUGGUGGAGGAAGGCGGGGGUGCUGCGGCCAAGAGUUGCGAUGCAGAGCUGGCAUUGGGGAGGAGUCUCAUGGCUCGGCUGCUGCCUGGAUGCAGGAGCCUGCAGCAUUUUGAGGGUUGGAAUGAAAAGGAAUGUGCGAUGUAUGUGUGGGAUGCUGCCAAGGGGCUUUACGUGGAAGUGGGGGAGGAUGCAGACGAUGGAGUCAAUUACAUUGUUACCAACAAGGGGAUGUUUUUGAAGGCGAGAGGGAUUGAGAAAGAUGAGGCCUUAUUUAGUCAUCUUGUGGAGUAGCGUAUGUCAACUUAGGGCGAAUUCCUACAAAGUAGGAUCAGAAUCACGAAUGUUUCUGAUCCUGCCGUUUUACAACCAGCAUAUCAACAAUCUUGAGUGAGUGUCGCAAGUGAGUUUCGCAAGUGAGACUGGAUGCCUCGUGAGAUCCAACGUGUACACCCCUCAAACCAACCAAACAUCGUGGCGACUACCCAGAAUAGACGAUGUGUUUGUUAAAAUUAUAUAUUGAGUUAUAUAAUUGUUAGGCUUGCUAGGUUACCGAACUUUACUGUAGAAGGUACAAUCCCUUCCUUGUAUACCUCUCUUUCUAUUCC